AUGCGCCACCUUCUGGAUAAGCUCAACGCCGGCCAGCCCAUCACCGUCGCCGCCCUCGGCUCCUCGGUCGUGCAGGACCACGGCGGCAGCUUCCACGCGUCCCUCGGGCAGCUGCGCGCCGCCGUCGCGUCGCCACACCCCCACAUAUACGGCGGCGCGACCGGCGAGGGUGGGCCGGCCUGGGUCCAGACCGGGUGGCUCACAUACUUCAUGCGGGUGGUCAACGAGACGUGGCCUCACCCGGACCACCUGCUAGUCAACGCGGGUGGGUGCGACGCAGGGGCUCUGGCGCGCGCGGGCUCGAUCGAGGGCGCGUGA